CCCCAUUUCUCGGUCAUGACAAAUGACUGACAACAUACUCAAGUCAAAUCUUCAUAUGCGUGAAAGAUCCCAUCUAUCUAUUUCCCAACUCAAAUCAAAUCCUUUCCAGAGAGUUUAUAAGUUCUUCUUCACUGAAAGAAACCCAAACGAAAGAGAUGAACAGAAAAAUGAUCAGAUCCUCCCCUUCUAUCAUCUUUAUUUUUGUUACAUUGCUUGUCGCUACCCAAACGGUUGGAAAUUUCGUUAAAGUUGCAGAGGGAGGGAAAAUCUCAAUCCCAGAUGAAUUAGAUGAUGUAAUUGAUGACGAAGAAGAUGAAGAAUGGAAAAAUUGGGGUAAAAAGAAACCUUCUAAAAAAGAAUUUGAUCCACCAAAGCUAGAUUUAUCAAAUAUGGAGUUUUCAGAGAUUCAAUCGGAGAUGAUGAAGCGUCACACAGGGCCUUCUUUUGGUUUUGUUAAGCUCCGAUUAGGCGGUGCUAAUCGUCGAACACCCGAUAUGGUCAGUGAGAUUGCCAUGAAAUGGAGUAAGGUUAUGAAAACUGGAUCUAUUGAUGUUAAGUUCAUGGGAGUUGAUAUUAGUACAAUUAUGUUUACUAUGGACAAAGGACAAGAUAUAAUGGAGUUGAUUGAAUUUGUAUUGAGUCAAUCCGAGGCGUAUGAGGUUAAAAUUGGUGAUCAAGUUCAUAGAAGACCUGGUGAUCCUCCUCUGGAAGAAGUUAUGGAAAAGAUCCGCAGUCACAAAGAAAAUGCUAAUGGUGAUGGCACAAGUAGUCAAGUUGUUGAUCAACUCGCUAAUCCAAAGGACGAGUUAUAGCCGAUUGGUGAUUUAUGUUUUUUUUUAAUUUGGUAGUUUUUUUUUCGUCUGGUUGAACAGUCAUAAACAUUGUAAGUUGAUCUUUAACUUUAAAAUUGUCAAAAGCCAGAACUUCAUAGAGCCUUUUUCCUUUAUUGACAUUUGAAUGCUACGUUUAAUAGAAUUUUCUUUACGUUUC